AUGAAACCAAGACUAAUAAUCGAUGCUCAAUCUAUAAUGCUUAAGGGGAUAGUGUCACCCGCAACCAGCAUUCAUUCUCCUAUAAGAUACCUUGCAAGGACAAGUUCCCACCCCCGCCAAUUUGACAAGGCAAAUUACGACGCACUAGUUAAAAAUGCUAUACACAUGAGUCGCAAUGGAGUCAACGGAAUAGCCCCAAUUGGAAAAAGACUUCCCUUUCGAACUAUUGUGAUACUUGUAGCCACUUCCUCGAGCUUAUCGAUGCUUUUGUAUGCCACUAUUCAAUACUGGAGAAUAAAGGAGGAGCUAAAUCAAUCAAAAGAGUCAAAUAUCCAGAGGUCAAUCUUUUUACCACUUUGGCUCAACUCCAGCAUCUUGUGGAAAAAGACCUUGAACUAUCCUAAAGGUUUGCGUUAUGUCGACAUGGCUUACUAUAAUUACAUUACUACUGAAAUGAUGCAAAGCAACACCAAUGCGGGAGAUGGAAAGAAAUCAGAUAUAGACCACUAUUGUCACGAAUUGCAAGAGCAUAAUAUAAACUAUGCCGUUCUUGAAAAACUUUCCUCAAAUAAUGAAGUUCGUGCUAUAUACGGACUACCUUUGAGUCUACACGCCAACAGCAAUUGCAAGUUCAAUAUUUGGGUCGAGUUGGUACACCCAAGUGUUUCUGGAAUGCAAAUCGAUAUUGUACAAGAGAACAAGCUGCACCACCAAGUCAAUUUCCAAUGGGCUAUAAAAUCAAUAAACUGGAACUCCAUCAAGGACGACACGUUAUCGCCAAUUGGGUUGGGGAUGGCUCGGAUUGGAUCUAAUGCCGAAACUAAAAUCCACGAGAAAUCCAGUGGCAAAGUUCAUGAAGCGCAUCAAAGUAAGGAGAAAAUUGUCUUGAAUCCCAAUAGGGAUUAUGCAAUUAGAUUCCAAGGAGAAUUCGCCAUCAGUGACAAGUCAGCUGAAAAACAGGGCAAAAUCAAGUACAUUGGCGCAAUCGAUUUCGAUCACUUGUUGAUCAAUAGGGGUGUGAUAAUCACUGAUAUCGAAUUGGUCCACAAUGGUACGCUGUACAAGAUUGUGUAG